AUGGUAUCAACUUGGUGUUCUGGUCUGUUAGUUCUUUUUGCUACAGCAAGUUCUAUUGCUUGUCCAUCUUUCACAAAAACGACUAGAGGUCUACUAUCUCUUCAUUGGGUAAUCAUCAAUUAUAUAAGUUCUACUUCAGAUUUCACCAGCUCCUCACAUGAAGUACGAUCUUUGUUACUAUGUUUAUCAACUAUUCUUAUGAUUCUAGAACAUAUCUUGACCUGUAACCAAAAAGAAUAUGUUUUAAAAAGGAUUGAACAAAUCACGCUUCUCGUGGUUUUGUUUUUUUUCGAUGUUACAUAUGCAUCCUUAGCAUCAUCAGCAACCUUGGAAGUUUCAUUACUAACUCUUCUGAGUCUUAUCUUUGUUGUUACAACCGCAAUGCGAACGAAACCUUCACCUCCAAACAAACUAACCAAAGAGACGCUUCUAAGCAUUCAUUCUACUGAUCUGUUUUGUAACACUCAGAACUUCUUUCAUUGUUUAGGAAUCAUGGGUGGUUUGCACUUGCUCGCCAUAUCAGCCAUUAUCUUUCUACAGAUUCCUGUAUUUCAUUCAUGGAACUUUUGCCGGUAUGUUAUUUAUGUCGUACGGUCCUUGGGAACGUUAAGUAUGUUGUUCUGUCCUUGCUUCUUUGGUGGAUUUGUACAAGCACUGAAAACACUCGGAGCCAAGUUAGGAGUUAAACGAUUGAAAUCAAAUCAAAAUACUAACAAGUUCAUAUGUGAUUCUUAA